GUCUUAAAAAAUAUAAUGCCUAUGUUAAAUGCUUCUGUAACUAAAGAUUUGCACAGUAUUACAAUUAUUGAAAGGAAUCAGAAUAAGAACCAUUCGUUUUCGGAAACUAAAAAUAUUUCAACAAUCAUAGUUAAGUAUUGUGAUAAAGAAAACUUAACGACAGUCAAUGUAACGGAUACAAAACCACCUGAUGAAGAUGUUAAAGGUAUUUCUGUACAAGAAGAAUAUGAUGAUUACAAUAUGGAUGAUGAUAUUGAUUAUGACGAUAGUAAUCCAGAUAAAAUGACGAAUAUUACAAUCGAGAGUCGUAAAGAUGUGUUGGAGGCAGCGGAGUAUGGAAUGAGGAAAAUGCAUGAGUUGUAUGGUGUUUUGGAGCCAAAAUUGUAUUCGAUGGGUCUCAUACUGGAUGACAAGGAUCCAGCUCGAUAUGUGGCAGCAUUCAACGCGCCGUCCGAAGAUAUAGCACAGUACGCCAAGUACGGGUACGCGUCUCUGCAGGCCGCAUCGAGAUUCAAAGAGCUUAUAAGUAUCGAGAAUGGAGACAGCCUUGAAAGCCGCACAGAAGACAGUCAGUUACCAGGAGCUAGCGCAUUGCGUCAGUCACCUCUAUUAGAGCAAUGCCCUCUCAAAAGCCCUCCAAAAUGUCCACCAGCCUCCAAAAGGUACCGCACCCACGAUGGCACUUGCAACAACCUGAGCCGUCCUCGAUGGGGUGCCACAAUGACCCCGGUCCAGCGUUUCAUUCAACCCGUCUACUCCGACGGCAUCCAAGCCCCUAGACGGUCAAUAUUCGGAUCUAAACUACCCUCAGCAAGAGAAAUAAGCGCUCUCGUCCAUGAAGAUAAAAACGCCGAAAAUCCAGGAAUCACACAUCUGUUAAUGCAGUGGGGGCAGUUUUUAGACCACGACGUUACUGCAUCUUCGCAAUCGAGGGGCUUCAAUGGAUCUGUGCCAAGAUGCUGCAAGAAUGGUGGAAGGGACUUCAUUCCCAAAGAACUCAUGCACCCAGAAUGCAUGCCAAUAGCAGUACCGCCAUCGGACACAUUCUACGGACCGCGCGGCGUGCGUUGCCUGGACUUUGUGCGUUCCUCACCAGCUCCUCGUGAUGACUGCGCCCUCGGCUGGCGUGAGCAGUUUAACCAGGUGUCUGCCUACAUCGAUGGUUCUCCGCUUUAUGCCAGUUCAGCGAGGCAGUCGGAUAAACUAAGACUGUUUAGAAAUGGUAUGCUGCAAUACGGCAAAGUACAACAGCGUCGGCCUCUCCUGCCGACCGACCGCGAUGAAUUGUGCCGCGGCGGCGCUGUCUCUACGGACUGCUUCAAAUCUGGUGACGCAAGAGUCAACGAGCACCCUGGCCUCGUGGCAGCGCAUAUCGUGUGGCUCAGACAACAUAACAGAAUGGCUCAAGAACUGGCACACCUCAAUCCGCACUGGAGUGACGAGAAAAUCUACCAGGAGACGAGAAAAAUCGUCGGCGCCAUGAUACAACAUAUUACAUACAGAGAGUUUCUACCCAUCGUUUUAGGUUCCGAAGUAAUGCGGUUAUUCGAGCUGGAGCUCCAACAGAAGGGCUUCUACCGCGGCUACAGCCCAAAGAUCAACGCAAGCCCAGCCAGCUCGUUUGGUUCCGCCGCCUUCCGCUUCGGUCAUAGCCUAGUGCAGCCCUCCAUGAUGCGCUUUGACAGAUUCCAUCGCCCGAUUGCUAACAACGUAUCACUCCACGACGAGCUAACCAAUCCAUCCAACAUCUGGAGUAUGGGGGCGGUUGACCGCCUACUACUGGGCAUGGUAAACCAGCCCAUUCAGAAGCGUGACGAAUUUAUCACUGAAGAACUCACCAAUCACCUGUUCCAAACUCCUCACUUCAACUUCGGGAUGGACUUAGCUGCCAUAAACAUACAGAGAGGAAGAGACCAUGGAGUUCCCCCUUAUACAUCUUGGAGGGAACCUUGCGGUUUGACUGCAAUUACCAGCUUCGAUGACCUUUAUAGGGUUAUGCCUGCACGGGCUGUGAGGAAAGUGAAGGUUUUAUACAAACACGUUGACGAUAUUGAUCUAUUCACUGGAGGAAUGGCUGAACGCCCAGUCGUGGGAGGUUUAGUGGGACCAACAUUCGCGUGCAUCAUAGCGCAGCAAUUUACUAAUCUAAAAAAAGGGGAUCGAUUUUGGUAUGAAAACGGAGGAUUCGAGUCUUCCUUAACACCAGCACAAUUACAACAAAUACGUCGAAUAUCGUUAGCUCAAGUACUUUGUCGAACUUUAGACAGCAUUGACAGUAUUCAGCCAUUCGUGUUUCUAUCACCGAACAACCCUGAUAAUGAUCGAAUCUCUUGCCGCAAUGGACAUCUUAAUAACUUUGAUCUAUCCCCUUGGGUCGAAAUAAAUUCAGACUCUAAUAAUGAUAUUAAGAAAUCGGAAGAUUCCAGUACGCUUAAACCAGGAAAACCUAAACCAACUACAACUAAACCUAAAACCACUAGGAAACCCCAGAAAGUUACUAAAGCACCAGAUAUUAAUAAACCUAAUGCAGCAAUUUUAAGUAAACCCCAAAAGCAAAAUCAUAGACUGAACAGGACAGAUACCACUGAAAAAAAUACUACCAAGACUACAACUGACAAUCCGAAUUCAAUUCCUAUAGUACAAGUUAUAGAUGAUAAACUAGACUUUAAAAUCAAGACACGACGUUACAGCGAUUCUGACCCUGACACUAGACAAUAUAAUAACGAUUACUAUGACGAUGUUCAAAGCGUUCAAUCCGUGGUAGUCAAUAACUUACCACAUAAAAGACCUAACAGCCGACCUUACAUAUCCGUUACUGAAAACAUUGACAAAUACACGUAUCUGAUAAAUUAUGUACCAAGACCGACACAAACUUGGCGACAGACUACUAGACGACAUGGCUAUGACAAAGAUAAGAAUGAUAGAGACGUAGUUAAAGUUACAUACCAAAGUUAUGACGAUACAUACAGACGACCAAACAGACCUUACUUUAAUAGACAUGAGUUUGACAAUAACUUUGAAUCCAGAGUAAACGUACCAGUCACUGAAAGCUCUCGAUCAUCAGCUAGAUCGAAUGACGACAACACGUCAACGUCCAAUGAUAAACUGUCUACUGAGAUGUUUAUAAUGACAAACCGACCUAAACCUCUAACAGACAAAACUACCGAGAAAAUUGACCCAACGACUGAAAAUAUUUACAAACUUCUGACUUUUGGAUACGUAGGCACUUAUAAAGGGGGUGUGACUAAUGACAAGACUAGUACUGACAAAAUUAAACCCGAAUCCAUAAGCAAAGAUUUCUCGACUAUGAAAACUGACAAAUCCGACGAAGGUACAAAUGACCAAAAUCACGGCAAUCUAUCGACAUUCAUGUUAUAUGACUCGGUUACGAAACCUUACAAUUCACAAAGGCCGACUAGACGUAAUGACGAAGACGAGACCUUGACUUCAGAUAUUAAAGAUAAAUAUUACUUCAUACACAACGUUUUACGUAAAUACCCCAUCUCGACGGACCAAAAACUAAAGAAUGUUCAAAAGCAAAAUGAACCUGACAAACCCUAUGACACUUUGACUAGUAGUAACAACAAAAUGGACAUCCAAGAGAGAUCUGGGACUGAUCAAAUAGAAAGUACCGGAGAAGUUACAGCAUCUCGCGGAGAUAAACCUAGAUUAAAUAAAAGGAAACCUUCAAACUCGGCUAAGACACCUUCGGUGGCGUUUCAGAUUAUACCAAGUGAAAACAAUCCAUCCCAAUGGGCAGUAUACGAUGAGAAAGAAGACCUUCCCGAGAACCUGCCGCAACGCAUGCCAGCUAUCAAGCUAGACCCGUACGCGUUGAGGGAAAUCCCCCGACCCAUAGAUUUCAACUCAUCCAGACGGCGACCCGGACGACGUAGGACAUAA